UUUAGUCUGUGUUUAGAUUGACUCGUGCAGCUUGUUUUGUAGUAUAUGCUAUUUCAUAAAAUAUAAAGAGCAUACCGAACAUGUACAUAAAGCAUUUUAACGACAACUAUGAGUUUAUUGGAUGUUUAUCACAAUGUCGGAAUUGAAUAUAUUAUCAACACCCACAAGCAAAGAUGCAUGCAAUGGGAAAGUUUUAGAGAAUGCAGAUGAAGAUGCAUAUAAGGAACAUAAACUUAAAGUCAAUAAGGGAAACCCUUAUCAAAUAAGCUGUGAUGAUGAUAACGAUGUUAUCGUUGUUGAAAUAAUAAGUGGUUGUGAAGGGAUUGAUGCGAAUAAUUCAAUUUCAAUAUUGGAUAGUAAUUUAGGAAAAUUGCAUAUAGACACGAUCCAUUCUGACGACACAUGUAAAUCCAAAUACAAUGGUAGUCUACAGAGUAAUGAAUGCAUUCUGGACGGCUUUCAAAAAUCAUUUUUAAACCAACAUUCACACAAUUUUCAAAAAUCACAAUCACUAGAUUUAUAUGAUGAAGGCGGUGCAGUCUUUAACUUAGAUCAGCAUGUACAUGAUCGGUUACCAAGUAUAAAUGAGCAACGCAUUGCGGAUUGUAAAUUAAAUGCAGAUAACUAUGUAGUUUCCGAGCCAAUUAAACAAUCUGACUACGUUCAUAAGCCAAACGGAAAAGUUAUCCAACGUUCAAUGACUCGUCCAAAUAUACCAUCUACAAUAUUCCAAGCUCCUGACGCCCGGCCCAUUUAUCCAAAUGUGCCUUAUAGCCCAUAUGGUAGUCCAUAUAGCAGUCCUCAAUUUAAUCGACGUCGAGCUCCACUACGUGAAUCUCGUCGAAUUUCUAUUGAUAAAUCAGGAAGCUUUCUUCAACUCAACCAGUACAAGUUGAUGGAUAAAAUAGGACAAGGCUCUUAUGGACUUGUGAAGCUGGCCUAUUCUGAAGAAGAUUCUACACAUUAUGCUAUGAAAAUUCUAUCCAAAAAGCGAUUGAUAAGACAAGCUGCUCUAAUGAGACGUGGACCCAAACAGACAACGUCUCCCUUAGAUCGUGUUUAUAGGGAAAUUGCCGUUUUAAAAAAGCUCGAUCACCCUAAUGUUGUGAAACUUGUUGAAGUAUUAGAUGAUCCACAAGAAGAUUCGCUUUAUAUGGUAUUUGAAUUGGUUAAAAAAGGGGAAGUACUUAGUAUACCAACUGAUAAACCUUUGUCAGAAGAACGAGCAUGGAAUGUUUUUCGGGAUUGUCUGCUGGGACUUGAAUAUUUGCACUAUCAAAAAAUAAUACAUGCUGACCUGAAACCUGGCAAUUUGUUAUUGACCGAGUGUGGACGUGUAAAAAUUGCAGAUUUGGGAGUUUGCAAUGAGUUCCUUGGAGAAGAUGCAAUGAUGAGCAAUGGGUCAACCGCUGGGACUCCUGCAUUUCGAGCACCUGAAACACUUGUUUUGGGAAAGAAUGUAUAUUGUGGUCGAGCAGCUGAUAUCUGGGCAUUGGGAGCAACAUUGUACUCUUUGAUUUACGGAAAUGUACCAUUCGUUGCCAAUUCGAUACCUUUGCUAUAUGAAAAAAUCCAAAACGAACCAGUCGUCUUUCCAGCUACACAUGAAAUUAGCGAGGAAUUGAGAUACUGUGUACUUCAAAUGCUAGAAAAGGAUGCAUCCCGUCGAAUAACAUUGCCACAACUAAAGAUGAACAAGUGGGUUAUUGGGAAUGGAAGUUAUCCUCUGCCAAAUGUAGAUGAGAAUUGUUGCUUAGUACAAGUUGACGAUGAUGACAUAAAUUCGGUUGUACGUAGCAUACCGAAGCUCGAUACGCUGAUACUGAUUAAAACGAUGUUGAAAAACCAUUCGUUUGGAAACCCUUUUCUUAGAGCCAUUUCUGGAAAAGUGCCGCAGCCUGGUGGCUCGCGGUUGGAGAAAUUUGUUAAGGCCGGAAGGUCAAAUUCAGCGCCUGGAUCAUAUCAUGUUCCUUUAAAUAGGCAGUCAUCUAUAGACAUUGGACUCCCGUCGUUAACUGAACAUUGUGCAAAUCAGAAUAAUGAAGAUGUAUAAUUAUAUAGUAUGAGUAAAAAAAUGUAACUUUCUAACAAGUUACCGGCAAAACAAGUUAAUUCUAAUAAUAGUAAUCAGCUAGUGUUUUAAAUAAGAAUAUAUCCAAAAAUAAAUACAUACUAAUUUGCUUUGUUAUUGCUUCAAAAAAACUCUUGAUACAAAUAUGUGGAUCCUCCAAAUAAAUAAUGUCGGAAUUAAUUUGCGUAAUUUUAUUUUAUUUCAUAUACAUAUGUUAAGACAGAUGUUUGUAUUCUAUACAU